UUCCCAUCCAUUCCUCCUUUUGUUGGAAAUUGAAAUAUUGGCAUUGUUAUCUUUUCUUGGGUGUCUUUACUCCUUUUGGAAACUUAGCCGCCUUUUUUUGGAAACGGCAUAUUAGCGUUGAACAAAGAUGAACCCGGAAUAUGAUUAUCUUUUCAAGUUGUUACUCAUAGGAGACUCUGGAGUUGGAAAAUCUUGUCUCUUGUUGCGUUUUGCCGACGACACUUACAACGAGAGUUACAUUUCAACAAUUGGAGUAGAUUUUAAAAUUCGUACCAUAGAACUCGACGGGAAAACUGUCAAGCUUCAGAUAUGGGAUACUGCGGGACAAGAAAGAUUCCGUACCAUAACCUCGUCUUACUAUCGAGGUGCUCACGGAAUCAUCAUCGUCUAUGACGUCACAGACCAAGAAUCCUUUAACAAUGUGAAGACUUGGUUGCACGAAAUUGAUAGAUAUGCGAAUGAGAGUGUGAACAAACUUCUCGUUGGAAACAAGAAUGAUUUGACCACGAAAAAGGUCGUAGACACAGCUACUGCUAAAGAGUUUGCGGAUUCUUUGGGAAUCAAGUUUCUGGAAACGUCUGCAAAAACUUCAGAGAAUGUCGAACAAGCCUUCAUUACUAUGGCACAAGAAAUCAAAGAGAGAAUGGCCAGUCAGCCUCAGACUCAAAAAACUUCUUCUGGUAUCCAUGUAGGUGCAAACGCUCAAGAAGUGAAAGAAUCGUCCAGUUGUUGUUCUUGAAUAGUUUGUUAUUUUAAAGGUGGCUUAGUUUGUACUCUAGUGAAGUUUUGGU